UUUACAAGGCUGAGAAGAUGAGAUGCAGUUUGGUAGUCAAAAGCAGAAUAGUUCACAGGCUUUGACUAAUGGGCUUACAAAACCUCAAAAAUGAAACAAAAAAAAAAUGUGCAUCAUAAAAAUUGUUUCUGUAGUUUUGGCUGAUUUCAAUGGGAGACGAAGAUGUGGAUUCAACUUCAACACCAUCACCUGCAGACUCCCGAGCCCCCAUCCGGGGCUACGGAAUGACGGUCCAGAAAUGCCAGGCUAUUAUCCAGAAAAGUAUCAAAAAAGACCCGAGGGUCAAAUUUGUAAUGGAGAGUUUGGAGAAAUGUGGUUGCAGCAUCGGAAGCAAAUUCAUAAGGGCCGUGACUUGCGGUCGGCCAGCUUCUGGUGGAUUCGAGAGGGGCGAUGGAAUUAUUAUAUGCAGUAAUUUCUUAAAUUUUAAAGACGAGGUGGUACAAACGGUGAUUCACGAGCUCAUUCACGCAUAUGAUGACUGUCGUGCUGCUAAUAUCGAUUGGUCUAACAGCGCUCAUCAAGCUUGCAGUGAGAUUCGAGCUAAUCAUCUCACUGGCAAUUGCCAUUAUGUGAGAGAGAUUCUUCGUGGUCAUCUAAAGCUGAAUGAUCUAAGGAUAAAGGGUCAUGAGCCUGUAUGUGUGAAGCGGAGAGCAAUGCAAUCAGUGGCUGCACACCAUUCACCAGCCGCAGCAAAGAGAGCCGUGGAAGGCGUUUGGGAUACUUGCUAUAACGAUACAGCGCCCUUCGACAGAGUUCCAUGACUACUCCACCUCUCACGUUCGCUUCUCUUAGUCGGGAAUUAGACUUAUGUUUUGUUACUUGAGCAUUUCGGUUUUCGAAUUGUUGAAUUCUCAUUGAAGCUGUGACUUCAUUAAGCAAAACUUUCCCUGGGUUUUGUAUUCUUGAACAAUUAUUAAUCUUCAUGCCCAUUUCUGCA